CUUGUGCCUAGCCUGCCCCCACCCCACCGGCGUGCGCCCCUCCCCCGGCCCAAGGAAUGGGUGCAGUGCUGGGGCCUUGCACCCCCUGACCCCGAGGUGAAGCUUCGCUACCAGUCCCUGGGCAGAGCUGGGCGCUAGGUCCGCCUCUUAGUGCCACCAGCUCAUGCCUUGGGCAGCCAGGCACUGAGAGACAGCCGCCCCGCAGCGGCCCCCCAGGCCUCCCCGCAGCACCCCGGAAUGCAAUUCACCGGGGCGGGGGAGGCAGCGGCAGCAGCACCCGCGGCGGCGGCAGCACUACCCCAACCCAGAGACGUCUAGAAAACGGAGGAAAAUGGCUCCGAGCAGGGACCGCCUGCUGCACUUUGGGUUCAAGGCGACAAUGUUCUCAAACAGUGAUGAAGCUGUAAUCAAUAAAAAACUUCCCAAAGAACUCCUACUAAGGAUUUUUUCUUUCCUGGAUGUUGUUACCUUGUGUCGCUGUGCUCAGGUCUCCAGGGCCUGGAACGUCCUAGCUCUAGAUGGCAGUAACUGGCAACGAAUUGACCUGUUUGAUUUCCAGAGGGAUAUUGAGGGUCGGGUAGUAGAAAAUAUUUCAAAACGAUGUGGAGGCUUUUUACGAAAGUUAAGUCUUCGUGGGUGUCUUGGAGUAGGAGAUAAUGCAUUAAGGACUUUUGCCCAAAAUUGUAGGAAUAUUGAAGUACUGAAUCUAAAUGGGUGUACAAAGACAACAGACGCUACCUGUACUAGCCUUAGCAAGUUCUGCUCCAAACUCAGACACCUCGACUUGGCUUCCUGUACAUCAAUAACAAACAUGUCUCUCAAAGCUCUGAGUGAGGGGUGUCCACUGUUGGAGCAGUUGAACAUUUCCUGGUGUGACCAAGUAACCAAGGAUGGCAUUCAAGCACUAGUGAGAGGCUGUGGGGGUCUCAAGGCCUUGUUCUUAAAAGGCUGCACACAGCUAGAAGAUGAAGCUCUCAAGUACAUAGGUGCACACUGCCCUGAGCUGGUGACUUUGAACUUGCAAACUUGCUUACAAAUCACAGAUGAAGGUCUCAUCACCAUAUGCAGAGGGUGUCAUAAGUUGCAGUCCCUCUGUGCCUCUGGGUGCUCCAAUAUCACAGAUGCCAUCCUGAACGCUCUAGGUCAGAACUGCCCUCGUCUUAGAAUACUGGAAGUGGCCAGAUGUUCCCAGUUAACAGAUGUGGGCUUCACUACUCUGGCGAGGAACUGCCACGAGCUUGAGAAGAUGGACCUGGAAGAGUGUGUUCAGAUCACAGACAGCACAUUAAUCCAGCUUUCUAUACACUGUCCUCGGCUUCAAGUAUUGAGUCUCUCUCACUGUGAGCUGGUCACAGAUGAUGGAAUCCGUCACCUGGGGAAUGGGGCCUGCGCCCAUGACCAGCUGGAGGUGAUUGAGCUGGACAACUGCCCGCUAAUCACCGAUGCGUCCCUGGAACACUUGAAGAGUUGCCACAGCCUUGAGCGGAUAGAGCUCUAUGACUGCCAGCAGAUCACACGGGCUGGGAUCAAGAGACUCAGGACCCACUUGCCCAACAUUAAAGUCCACGCCUACUUCGCACCUGUCACUCCACCCCCGUCAGUAGGGGGCAGCAGACAGCGCUUCUGCAGGUGCUGCAUCAUCCUAUGACGGUGGAGGUGGUCAGCCUUGGUGAACUGAGUAUUUAAGGACACUGCUAGACUUGCCGUGGAGUCUCUCCAGUGGAAGCAAUCCCAGCAUUCUGGGCAGGGUUCCAAAGCGAGGGCAGCGUCCAGAUCCCCAGAGCCGCACAUACACAGGCACAUGCCCUCAUCCCAUACGCUGCAGUUCUGUGACCGUGGCCCCGAAGUUCAUACUGGCUGUAACAAGUGGACUGGUAAAGCCUAACCAUUCCCGUUGGACGUGCCCAGAAGAAAUCUUAGGCCAUGGUAGAGGGAGGGGACAUUCCAGCAAAACCCAGUGUUACUGCUACUGUGGUUUCUUUUAUUAAGGGGUUUCUGUGGGGAUUUUGAAUCAGUAACUGCAAUCUUCCAGGGUGAAAGGUAGCAUGGAAAAACAAUAGAUGAUGUAUCCAGGGACCAGAAAGAAAAUUUCUUUGCAUCCUAGAAAUGGUAGCUAUCCAUUGGGAGAUGCUUAUGCAACUUCUGUGCUUCCUUGUUUCCAUGCCAACAUGCUGAGCAUGCUCACAAAGAAGGCUCGUCCAUUCAUCUGAUAUUUUAGUAUUUGGCCCAGAGGUUUCCUUAGCAGCUAUAUAUUGAAAUUGCUGGGGUCCACAUGUGAUCACUUUUACUUCCCUGCUCAGUUCGUCACUAUCACCGUGCUCUGCUCACUGCUGCACCCUGGCUGUCCGUCCCCGGUCGUAGUCUGCUGCUCACACUCAGUUGUUACUCCUUUGCUGGUUGUUUACAGUUUGCAUUUUGGAUGAUUAGUUGGGGUUACCAAACAUUUUUAAAAGAAACAUCAAUAAAUAUUUUUUUAAUCUAAAUUUUACUAUUAGGGGACCUGCCUGAAUCUUUGCCAGUCUAGAAGAAAACUCUAACAAGAGCAGGAAAGUUAGGCUAAGAAAGAGUUGAACUGUUUUGAUGAAAAGAAACUUGGCCUUUUGGUUUCUGUUGUGUCUUUGCACGGUGUGCUCAGUGCGCCCUGCACAUUUCCCUCUCCCAAACCUGGUGAGCGUAUUAAGAAGAGAGAAGUGCAUUAUUCGUGUGGAGUGAGGGGCGAACCCCCACUACCCAAGUGCAGCAGUGCUGGGGGGCGGGGGGCUGUGGUUAGUUUCUGGAGCCCCUCCCCCAUUUAAUCCCAUGGGGGUACGAGAAGAGCCCUGUAUCAGUCAGCUGCCUGUGUCAGUGUUGGCGGGAUUGUACAUAAUGCUGGCACCUCAGAAGACCCAAGCGUAGCAGCUAACACUCUCUCUUGUUGCAGCCUUCCUCUGAGUAUGGUAUGAAGGCAGCCAGAGAACCUCGAGAAGGGAGUAAGAGGCUCGGGGUCUAUACCGAGCCUGGGACCUGCCCCCCAUCUCACCCCACCCCCCGAGCUGAGAAAGGGGUUUAGUAUCUGGCUUAUUAAGAAGAAGCCUCUUCACAGAAGCUCACACAAAACAAGAGAAAUGAAAUGAGUUUCUAAAGCAUAUUUCUAAACUCCAAUGUUAGAGGCCUUGUGUGAUGUUUAACAGGGUGUUGGGGGAAAGGCUUUUAGGAGGUAGAUGUGCAAGCCAGUAUGAUCCCAGGAUGUUCAAAGGACUGGUUUACUGCUAUAGGUACUGGUUCUACCAGAAUAUAUAAGGAUAAAAUCUGAUUAAUUUCUCCAUUAAUGUAGAAAACAAUCAGAUGAAAAGGUCCUAGAAUUCUAUACUACCAGAUUUAUUUAUCGUAUUAAACUUAUUUAAAAUCUUAUUUUAUUAUGUUCUUUUGAAAACUAAAUUACUUGUGUUUUUUUAUUCCUUCUCCCCCUCAUGGUCAAAUUACCUUGCAAGAAAUUUCUUUUUUCCCUCUGAGACCAUUUGUUAUGUUGCCAAGCUGUCUGGUAUCGGCACCUGGGCUCCAGUUCCCUUCCACCUCAGCCAGCAUCCUGAGUGGAUGGCGCUGCAGGGGCACUUACAUCUGUGUACACCCCACCCCCAGAGACCACGUCUUACUCUCUGGCCCCGGCUGACCUGGAAUUUGUGAUUGUCUUUCUGCCUCGGCCUCCCAAAUGCUGAGAUGAUAGGUGUGAGCCACCAUGUCAGAUUCACUAUAAAGUUAGACUCGGUGCGCACACAUAGACAUACACACGCGCCCAAGUGUAUUUAGGGUUGGAUCCCUGGGGUCUCAUGCAAAACCAAAAGAAACUGAGGGAACGUCAGCUCCAAACUAUAUCGUUUGAUAUUUUCCCCCCUAAGUGCCUAACAAGUUGAUAUUAAACCCUGCAUACUAAUGGUUUCGUAGACAGACAUUUGAAUUGCCCAAAUCUUAGCCACUCGGGUACUUCUUUUUUCCCAUCAAAGUUUGAAAGAGUCUGUUACCCACCAGUAUGUCAAAGGUCUGGAAAAUGCUGUUUUUCUUAGAGUGUGUUGCCACAUGCAAGUUCAUUGGAUUUGUCUUGGUGAUCUCUGCUGUUAAGACAAAUCCCAACCUUUCUGGACAAAGAACACAAGUCAAAGGGGGAGGUCUGUGGGUGUCCAGCCCUGGCUGCAUACGGUCAGGCAGGAGACAUGUUCCUUUCUCAAGUCACAUCAGGCCCAUCAUGCUUGGAGGAAAGUAGAUUGUUUUUUCAAGUGUUGACUUGAAUCCUACACCAGCUUGUUACACUAAGACUCGUGGUAAGUUUCAAGCAGGUGGAAAGCCCUGACAUCUGAAUAUAAACGCUUCCUGUCUGUACGCGCAGAACACUUCUAAGAAUUCAGUAGGGUUCUGGCUUGGUUGAUUGGGUUUGGGGUUGUUUUCGGGGUCAUGGCUGGAAGCAAGGGCCCUUGCCCACAGUGAGUAUGUUCUCUCACUGAGCUGUAGUCCCAGCCCUGGAAAAGCUUACCACGAAAAUGCCCCCCCUGGGAAAGCCUGCCGGAGGCCGCCAGGCUGACUCGGGAGGGAGAUGAUCUUAGCGUUGCCAGCGAUGGCGCUGCACACACUGCUCGGCAGCCCUACUGAGGUAGUUAGCCGUUUCUUCCAGCACCCGCCCUGGCCCUCUGUUAAAACCUCUUUCUUGUGGGGUAUGUCUGGUCUGGCUAAUCUUGGGAUCCCUCUUCCUGGUCUGAGCAAGCUAUCAAGGACAGCUGUGAAUCCUGAGCCGCCAAGUGGAAGUGGCUCAGGCCAUUUCUUACUUGAUGGCUCUUGGUGUUUGGUUUUUGACUUUGAAUUAAAUUUGAGGUCAAACUGAUGAUUCUAAAAGACUAAAGGGACGUAACUUCUGUCUUCCCCAGUAUUUGGUAUAUGAAAGCACACUACGAGGUUGAUUUAGCACAUGUAAGUCAAGAACGACGUUUUAAGCACCUCUAAGGGAAACUUGUUUUGGGGGCAUUCUAUGCUGUUUGGAAUGUUUGUUGUAACUUACUCAUCAUGAAUGAGUGCUGUGGGUGCUAAGGUCCGGUCUGGACUGUUUGGAGCUGUGAAGCCCUGAUGUCCAUUUGAUUUUGCUCAGUUAUCUUGUAAAAUGUGCUUGGAACAUUCCUUGACCUGACAUGGCUAGGAAGUGUGAGAGCUGUCACUGGAAAGAGGAGAGUGACUUCCUGUCUGUCAUGUGGGCAACCUUGUCGGUGGCAGCUUUGAAACCAGAAACAUGAUUGCUCGUGGGCUAAGAUAGCUCAGCAGGUACAUGUGUUUGCUGGACACGCCUGACCCCAGAGCUGUGACAGUGAAGGGGAGGCUGGCUGCUGGGAUACAGGGUUUCUCUUUGUAGCUGUCCUGAGACUUGCUCUGUAGAUCAGACUGACCUCGAGCUCACAGAUAUCCACCUGCCUCUUCCUCCAGAGUGCUGGGACGAAAGGCGUGUGCGCCACCACUGCCUGGCAAUAAAUAAAAUUCUCAAAAAACAAAACACAAGGCUCUGCAAGUCAGGCAGCUCAUCUGGUUGGCAUCAGUGAGAGGGCAGACGAGGAAAGAACCCUGUUGGACCUUUUCUGCCUUGUACAGAUGGGUUUCCGUCCCGGGAGUCCUGCUGACAGGCCAGGGAUGAGCCCAGCCUUGUCUGAGAAGAGCUAGAUGUUUGGUUGGAGGUCUUAAAGCAGAAACCCUUAAAUGACCUGAGGACAAAAACUUCUAAAUCAAGGAUGAGGGGGAGUAAAUCUCACUUCCUCACCUUUAUUUUUAUCUUAAAUUUGCAUUGGAAGAUGCAGAAAACUGAGUAUCAAUAGGGUGUGAUUAGCCCUGCUGGUUUGAGAAUAAAAUUUGGCUGUAAGUGCUGUAUCCACGUGUCCUGACUACAUCUUCCUUCAUUCUCCAGCAGAGAAUAGAUGUUGUUUCAGCACCAGCUGCUUCAACCCUACCUUCUUGUUCUCACCUGCCAGGAACUACCACAAGAGGCAGGCGAGCUUUUUAUAUGAAGGGCUUCUGCAGCCUCCCACUCAAGCCAAGAGGACCCGUGUUGCCCGUUUGAGUUUCUGCAUCUCUGGAGGCUGUGAUCUGCCCAGGGCAUUUAGGAAAGUCAGUAUUAGCCUCUCACUUGAGUCUGAGCAAAUCUUGGGAAUUCAAGAAAGUUGCAUGUAAUGUUCAGGAGGAUAAAGCUUUUGUUACGCAGCUCACGUGUGGAAUGCUGGAGAGCAUCCUUUUGCCAUCCUCCAUCUGCCCCGUGAGCGUUUGGUCUAAGAGUUGAAACUAGGAGUUUGUGGAUGAGUGUCAGCCCUUCUCAGCCGGCGUGGCACAUGGAACAGAAACCUAGUGGGUGACCUUCUGUGUUGUGUGUGUGGUUUUUUUUUCUUGAAGAGUUGGCAUGCAGAAAUGGCAGGCAGGGCUCACGGGAGAGGAUUAGUCUAGAGCUGGGAUGCGCUGCCUCAGGAAGAGCAUCUGUCGUGAGCUCUAGGACCGCUGCUUCUGGCCUGACACGUUCACUGUGUGUUGUCUUCAGCUCAUCAGUCUUUGCCCCUUGGUGGCAAGAAGGGCUUUCCUGCUGCUCUGGGUGUGAGUGUGGGACAGUGAAUACAGUCUUCAUCCCAGGAAGAGAUCAGGGGACAGGAGUGUCUCCUGUCCAACCCCCAGAACCAGAUCUAAGAUCUCCGCUCCACUAACUACCUGUGUUAGCUCGGAUCUGCCCUGAGUCGCUGCUUUUGUGUUUUCUCCCUUAGCCUAACAUUUCUCAGCUCCUGAAACAUCCAUCCACUCAAUUUCGUGUCACUAAAGAAUGAGGACCUCCAAAGUCUUAGAAAAAUCUACUUGAAAAUGACUGGUCUGUGGUUAGCUUACUGCUCUCCUGAGAGACACAUGACCCCCAGUACCAGACCUGUGCUGUGCUCUCUGGGUUUCCAUAGAAGGCGCGUCUACUGUACACAGGAUCAUUUCUUACCUAGUUUUGAAGACUGUUAAUCUCUAACGAAUACAGGAAGGGGUGAGCCCCUGAUAUCUUUGACCUCCCCCCCCCAAUCCCUUGCCACACCCCUACAUGAUGCACUUACUCCUAGAUCCUAUUGGCCUGUGUUCUGUAAGCUUUAGGCCAGCUCUUCCUCCCUGCGAUGUGACCCCCAAGAAUCAGUGAUCGCCACUUGAAAGGGUGUCUGGAAGAGGCUACAACUUGCCUUUCUCCUCAGUUCCUGUUUUAUCCACUCUGGCUGCCUCCUGUUUCCUCCCAGGCAUUAUUUCCAGUUACUAUUUCCUGAUGGUUCUGCUCACCUUACCUCCCUUCCAGUGAGCCUGAGGGCACAGACCUGAGUGCUGGCCUGUGCAGAGCUCAGAGCACUGUGAGGACCACCCCUUCCUGUCUGACUGCUCAGGGCCAGAACUGAUGAGUACCUGGUGCUGUCUGAGGAGCUCUUCACUCCUGCACCCCUUCUUCCGCCGACUCCCUGCGCCCCAGCUGCCGGGCCUGACCUGGACAUUGUAAGGGAGCCGCUGCUUGCUUGUUUCUCACCAGGCCUGCGCCAACACUCAGCCACUCCCCAGGCCCCGCACAGUUCCCCAGUGGGGACUUACCAGGUUCCAUUAGCUAAGUGACUAUGUACAAUACUUCCAGCACCCAAGGAUGUGGGGGUGGGGAAGAUUGUUUUAAAUAAAUAAAAUCUAAGGAGGCAGUAGACGGUUCUUUUUGCUUUAAAAAUCUUUGGACUAAAGAAAUGUUUUUAUAUAUAUAUAUAAAUAUAAAAAGUAAAUUGUUAUGUAACUAUUAUUGUUUCCUGUAUGUUCUAAUUUUGUUUUAUGAUGUAAUUAAAGGAAAUAAGCUGUGAA